GUGUAUUAUGAAGUGAAACAUCUAUGAAUUUAAUUACAGGUAGAGGCAUCACGUUCAAAUAUGAAGACGGCCGUGCUGCUUAUGUUCCUCUGGGGGUCGUCUUGUGCUCUUCCAGUUGCCAGAUAUCAAAACACUGAGUCCGAAAGCUCUGAAGAGUGGAUGGGCAGUUUGGCUCAGUCACCACCACCCCCAACGAACAGUGAGUCAUCAGAAGAAAGUAAAGUUAGCUCAGAGGAACAGGCAAAUGAUGAUCUCACUGACAGCACCGAGUCUGGGGAGGCCCUGGGUUCGGACAGAGGCCAGUAUAGACUGGCUGGUGGUCUUUCUAAGAGUACGGGGCCGGAAGCUGGUAAGGAUGAUGAUGAAGAUGACAGCGGAGAUGACACCUUUGGUGACGAGCCUGAAGGACCGUGGGGAGGACCCGCCAGGCUGGACAGCGGUGAGGACUCUGCAGACACCACACAGUCCAGUGAAGAAUCACAAGGAAACAGUGCCCAAGAUACUCCAAGCGACAUCAGGGACCAUGACAGCGAGGGUAAGGCAGGUGCCUCCACUCAGGACAGUGAGAGUGAGGAACAUCGGGUAGGAGGUGGGAGCGAGGGAGAGAGUAGCCACGGGGAUGGCUCUGAGUUUGACGAUGAAGGGAUGUUGAGUGACGACCCCGAAGGCUCCAGGAGCGACCCAGGCCACCCCAGAAUGAGCAGCGCUGGUAUCAGGUCGAAAGAAUUCAAAGGAGACCAUGAGCUGUCGAGCGCUCAGGAUUCUGACCACACCCAGUCGGUGGAACUUUCAAGCAGGAAGCCCUUCAGAAGGUCCCAGGUCUCUGAGGAAGACGAUGGAGGGGAGCUUGCUGACAGCAAUAGCAGGGAGACCCAGAGUGACUCCAUGGAGGACACCAACUCCAAAGACGAAAGCAGAAGUGAGUCUCAGGAGGACACUGCCGAGAGUCAGCCCCAAGAAGACAGUCCGGAGGGACAAGAGCCCAGCAGCGAGUCCAGCGAAGAGGCUGACAGGCUGUCCCAGGAAAGCAGCAGCGAGUCUCAGGAAGGGGUGGCCAGCGAAUCCAGGGGUGACAACCCAGAUAGCACAAGUCAGCCAGGAGACCAAGAAGACAGUCAGUCCAGUGAGGAGGAUAGCCUGAACACAUUCUCCAGCUCAGAAAGUCAGUCCACAGAGGAGCAGGCGGACAGUGAGUCCAGUGAGAGCCUCCGGCUCUCGGAGGAAAGUCAGGAGUCGGCCCAGGACACAGACAGCUCCAGCCAGGAGGGUCUCCAGUCUCAGAGUGCUUCAAUGGAGAGCAGGAGCGAGGAGAGCCAGUCUGCGCAGGACAGCCGUUCUGAGGAAGAGGGCGACAGUAGUGACUCUCAGGACAGUAGCCGAUCCAAAGAAGAGAGCAAUUCUACCGAGAGCACUUCAAGCAGCGAGGAAGACCACCACCCCAAAAACAUGGAGGCUGACAGUAGGAAACUGACAGUCGAUGCUUACCACAAUAAACCCGUCGGGGACCAAGAUGAUAACGAUUGUCAAGAUGGCUACUAGUGUUAGUUUGUCUAAGAAAUGGCUCUUAAAAAAUGUACUGGGAGCCUAAGAGUAGGGAGCUCACUACAACUAUAAUUUAUUGAUGUUUUAGCCAGAAGCAAAACCAGGGCCAUUUCUUUCUGUGUGGAAUUGCUGGACAUGACACUGUUUCCUAAGGUGCCACCCACUCCCUAGAAGUUUAAGUCUGUGGAAUGGCGUCGGAGCACACACAGAGAGAGUGGGAAGAAGGAAUGGUGUGCACAGUAGCUUCGCAGGUGAAGUGGUCCAUGGGUCACCACCCGACAGUUAUUGAGGUUCUGUU